CCUCCUCCUGAGUGCAUCUUGACGAGAGCUCCGGAUUUUAGCUCACUGCCCCCACCUGUGGCUCUGGGCGUCCCAGACCAGGGUCUGGUGCUCUGAGAUGAAGUUGGGGGUCUGUGUGUGUGUGGGGGGGACUCUCUCCCCUGUGCCAGAUAGAGGAGGUGUGAACUCUGCCCUCCCACCCCCCCACGCCUGGUACAGACCAAGAGGUGCCAGCAGGGCCUCUGGGGCAUCAGCCUGGGGCUCCGGAGUGCCCUAGGCCUCUUUUCUCCCAGCUUGCGGCUGCCCCGCCCUCCCUUCCGUGCUGGGUGGGGCACAAGCUCAGAAUCGCUGCUCCCAAGCCCCAGUCUGCUGUCAGCUUCCACGUUGUCUUCGAGUCACGAAAGUCCAAGAGGCGUCCCGGGACUGUGUCACCUUCCAGCGUGGAGUCACACUGCGAAGGGAGGUGGGGCGGGCAGCCUGGCAGGGGGUUUAAAUGUCUGGCUGACUCUGAACUUGAGUCAGUUGGAUAGACAGGGGCACAGCCUGAGAACCUCUUCUCCGGCCCCUCUGAUUCCAAGAAGGACCCAAGGAUUCAGGGCAGCAUAACAUUCUUGCAGCCCAACAAGGAGCCCAGAAUGUUCCUGAGGGCUGUGGUCCUGACGCUGGCCCUGGUGGCUGUCACCAGUGCUGAGCCUGAGGUCAGUGCCGACCAGGUGGCCACUGUGGUGUGGGACUACUUCAGCCAGCUGAGUGACAAUGCCAAGGAGGCUGUGGAGCACCUCCAGAAGUCGGAGCUCACCCAACAGCUCAACGCCCUCUUCCAGGACAAACUUGGGGACGUGAAUGCCUACACCGAAGGCCUGCAGAAGCAGCUGGUGCCCUUCGCCACAGAGCUGCACGAACGCCUGGCCAGGGACUCGGAGAAGCUGAAGGAGGAGAUCGGCAAGGAGCUGGAGGAGCUGCGGGCUCGGCUGCUGCCCCACGCCAACGAGGUGAGCCAGCAGAUCCGGGACAACGUGCGCGAGCUGAGGCAGCGCCUGGAGCCCUACGCGGACGAGCUGCGCGCGCAGGUCGACACGCAGGCCGAGCAGCUGCGGCGCCAGCUGAGCCCCUACGCGCAGCGCAUGGAGGCCGUGGUGCGCGAGAACGUGGGCUCCCUGCAGGCCUCCCUGACGCCCUACGCCGACGAGCUCAAGGCCCAGAUCGACCAGAACGUGGAGGGGCUUAAGAGGCAGCUCACGCCCUACGCCGACGAGCUCAAGGCCCGGAUCGACCAGAACGUGGAGGGGCUGCGCCGCGGCCUGGCGCCCUACGCGAAGGACGUCCAGGAGAAGCUCGACCACCAGCUCGAGGGCCUGGCCUUCCAGAUGAAGAAGAACGCCGAGCGGCUGAAGGCCGGGAUCGCCGGCCGAGCCGACGAGCUGCGGCAGAGGCUGGCGCCCGUGGCGGAGGAGGUGCGCGACAAGCUGAGGGGCGACGCCGAGGGGCUGCAGAGGUCGCUGGCCGAGCUGAGCGGCCGCCUGGACCGGCAGGUGGAGGAGUUCCGCCGCAGCGUGGGGCCCUACGGCGAGACCUUCAACAGGGCCUUGGUGCAGCAGGUGGAGGAGCUCAGGCAGAAGCUGGGCCCCUACGCGGGGGACGUGGAGAGCCACCUGAGCUUCCUGGAGAAGGAUAUGAGGGACCAGGUCAACUCCUUCUUCAGCGCCCUCCAGGAGAAAGCGGGCCGAGACGAGCCCGUCCCCGAGCUCCGGCAGACUCCCACCCCCCAGGAGAGCUGAGCUGCCCCUGCGGCUCACGCCCCACCUUGGACACCUGCCCCACCCAGCCACCUGUCUGUCUGUCGGUCCCAAAGCAGUUCUUGUACAAGCUUGAGGACGCAUGUCCAGUGGAGAGUGACUCGACCUCUUGCUACUCAAUAAAGCUGAGAAACUAACC